UCUCUCACACGCAUGAUCUUUUGACUCCAUUUUUCACGAAUUGUUACUACAAUUAGAAAAGUGGUUGUUUAACUUCACGAUCGUUUUUUUCAAUCGCGAGAUUCGUUUGUUAUUUUAAUGUUUUAGCUUAAACUAGAUGUCCAUAAUGAGUGACAUUGAAAUUGACCACAAACAAAAAGAGAUCUCGACUAAUUUGGACCAAUUUCCCACAAUGGGAAAUCUAUUUUCUAAAGAUUCUGAGUUAGAACUGAACAAUUUCGAAAACGGAGCCACUUUGGAGGAGCAUGGAGCAUCCAACUCGUCUCCUACAUCGAAACCUUUAAUAGCCGACACUGAUUACUUUUUCAAAUUCUUCGAUAAAUCGGUAAACAAAGACUCCCUCCAAAACUGUACGGAAGAUACGCUCGCAUUGGAAUCCGAAAAAAUUAUACUUAACGCGUUUCUUAAUGAAGUGCGAAAUGCUAAGCCAGCACCCUUGAAGAACUGGUCAGCUCUUCAACAUUAUAUUUAUUACAUAUAUCGUCACGUAAUCUCGUCUAAGCCUUGCAACAGUAACGAAAUUUUUUCGAAUGUUAUUAUUAAGAAAAUACGCGAACUAGUAGAAGGAUUAAUGCAAGAAGAUCUCACGCAAUUCUGCAUCCGUCUAGUUACUUUAAUAAGGGAGUACUCUAUAGUUACUAGAGGACAUUUUGAUGCGUUACGAUACCCCAAGGUUUCUUCGUACCUAAUCAGUUUAAUGUCGUAUUAUAGUGCCUUUUGUUCAGCUGCCAGUAAAUUAGCCCCGUUGCUACCAGAAUUUGAUUUUUUAAUCAUGGAAAGAUUCAAUGUCAAUUGGUUAUGUUUAAAUAAAAGUAUUUUCUAUCACUAUGUGUACAAAAGCCCGGCUGUGUCGGCGAAGAUGCCCUUCUUUCAUAAGCUAAAAGAAGAAAAUAAAAUAGCUCACAAAAGUUUAUUAGAAUCAUACGCCUGCUUUUCAGAAGAUAUGGCACUGGUAGAGUCUCGGUGGGCAAACUUAAAAUUGAAAAUUAGCAAUUUAAGCCAAAAGAGGGCAAUAUCAAAUCCUUCUAAACAUCUUAUUAAUGAUUGGAAAAUGUUUGAAGAGCACAAAAAAAUUCUUAAAACAAAUUAUUGGAUGAUCCGAAACACUCAAGCAAUGCAACUGCAGGACAUGGCGGAGUUGGAUGGGCACAUUUUGUCAUUAGUAGGUGACGCGACUUACAUAGCGGAUUUUCUUAUAGAUUCUCAAGGUAAUUGCUUGUGCGAAGACUGCCUGGCUGCAGAGUUUCGUACUAAUAUACUACCUCCACCUUAUGAUGAGCAAUCUCCUGAAGUAUAUCACCUGAUAAGCUGUUACAUUUGUCAAGAGCCGAUAACUUUAGAAUCCCUUACCAACCAUAUUAUUGCGAAGCAUCAAGAAUCGCCUUCUCAAAAACCGACCAGAGUCUAUCUAACUCCUCAUCAAAAGAGGCUGUUUUGUCCAAAGAAGCCUUCCCGAUUAAGCGAUAUGACCAAAAGCCCAGAUGUUUUGGCGUUUGAGGGAUUGUUUGAGAAUAAAACCGCACUUAGAGAUUCUAUUUUGAAAAUAGUGAAUUCAAAAACUAGCGGCAUAUUAUCAGAGAAAAGCGAAUCUAUGUAUAGAGAGAGUGUGGAUAAAAAGACACCUCCUAAACAAACCUUUGUGCCGGACGUUGAGGAGCUAAAGCAUAAAAUGCCGCGUUCCUUAUGGAAUUCUUCUAUCAACCCUACCUUUGAUUCAAAAGACAUGGCAAGUAAAAUCAUAGAACCGGUCUUCAAAGUUGCUAGUGAAGCUCCUGCUAUGAAAACUGAAACGGAAAUUUUAAUGAAAAGUGCCUCUAAGAGAAACGAGGUGAGGCCACAGACUGAGGGUGUUGCAAGCCCAGCACCUGUAACCAAAAGUCCGGUCACUGACACAUUGAAGUGCAUCGUUACCGAUCUAAAAAACAAAAAAAGUGAAAUUUUGAAAAACAGCCCGGAUGUGAAACAAACUCUAGUUGAAUACGCCAAAACCGCUCCGGAAGCAGCGUCGGGAAACAAUGUGCAUUUAGGACCUAAGGCCGCCACAGAAGCUGCAGCAUUUCGAAAGCCGCAUCAAAAAAGUUUGAGCAACUUGGAUACGAAAAUGUUGGAAAUGUUUAAAAAUGCUAAUGCGCAAAAGACAAUACCAACCGCAGCUAAGAGAACUAGUACGGGCAGCACGUGUGCCAAUGCUGCUUGUGGUCACCACUGUAAAGAAGUUGAAACGGAAGUACGGAAAUGUAAACAAGAAGUAGAACAAUUAAUUGAAUAUAAGAAACAUUCCUGCCCAGAUACCUGUGAUUAUUGCGAUUAUCAUAAAGAUUCUCGUAAAUGUGAUUGUGCGUUUUGUGAAGUUUUUGGUUCGUCGUUACCGUCACACGCACCUAAAACAAACGAAACGCGUGAUAGGCUGCGAACUCGUUUGAAUCAACGCAAGGAAAAAGAUAAAUUACCAACGAAAGUCGUGCCUAACGGUAAUACAAAAUCGAACAUAGCAGCUGUGAAUGGUUCGUCAAAACUCUCAAAUACCCCUAAGACUGUUGUAAAUACAAGAAAUUCAAACGAAAUAGAUUCACGCGGACCUCCACGAGUUCCCGAAGUCGUUCACGUUGUGCCACCCGCCUCUAAUAAAAAGUCGGCAUUGACAUCAUUAGAAUCUAAGAAACUCCAAGCGUUGAACGGCAGAAAUUCGUUGAGCACGCAAAAAUCUGUCUCUCGCGCUGUUCCGGAAGGUGCCCGUAACGGAAGCGAUUAUCCUCCUAGAAGUUCAGUGUCCUCCCUUUCUACUAGCUCUUUAAGCUCCGAUAAUAUAGGAUCCAGAGAUAUUAACGAACUCCUUAACUACAUAGAAGGUAACAAGAAGAUCGACAAAGCUGCUUUGGCACAGAAAAAAGCUGAUAAGAAGGCACGACAACGACUAAAAAAGGCGGAAUUGCGUGAACGCAUUGAGAAAGAGAAAGAGCAGGAGGAGGCCGAGGCAAAGCUAAAGGAAGAAGAACGACUGAAAGCUGAACUUUUAGCGAAACAAUUGGCUGAAAAGCAGAAAAAGGCUAAGAAAGCAGAUGAUCAAUCACAAGAGAAGCAAGGUACUAGAAAAAACAAGAAAAAUAAAAACUGUGCCACAAAAGAAGAGAAUGAACCUAAACAUAUAGAAGAGACCAUACCAGCUAUGGUUACUAUAAAACGUGUAGCUGAAGGUGGUGAUACGCCUGCAACAGUCACUAUCACCCUUAAAGGGUCCACUCCUGAAUCCGAUAAAUUGUUAUUUACUUUGGUUAAUGGGUAUAAUGACAAAGAACACAUCGCAACAGCUACAAUUAACGAGGAUAAUAAUAAAAAUAAUAAUAAAAUGAAAAACGGAACUAUCAAAGAUCCGAUUAUCUCAAACAAGAAGGAUAAGGACGUGCAAUCUAAAAACGCGAAAAAGAAAAAAGGUAAAGAAUUGCCGCCUACAUUGCUGCCAAAGGAUGUCAGUAACGGUAUUUCAAAAGAAUUAAGGGUGACAAUAGCAUUAGAUAAGCAUAAGAACAGCGGAAAUGAACCUUCAGGUAAGAAAAACUCCAAGAGCGAAAUAACAAAAGCGUAUGAUCCAAAAGUUGCAAACAAUAAAAAAGAUACGGCCACCAAAAAGACUGCAGCACAAAAAUCCGCGAACAACUCUAAAGGGGAAAUUAGUAUUCCAAUGUUACGCCUACCUCCAGGGAUUACCAUUACGAAAAUAGAAGGGCCUCCUACUAAUAGAAAUUGCAAGAAUGCUAAUAACACCUCCUCUACUGCGGCAAAUCAAAAUCCAAAUGUUCCUGUAAGCAAAUCUGGAGUUAUAGUCGUAGAUACGGAAAAAUUGAUUCAACAAUCAAUUACGGCCACUGCCAAUAAAAAGAAUAAAAAGAAAAAUAAGAAAAAACGCGACGGUAAGCAGCCGGAAGUACCUGCCAAACAUAACCAGAAUGGUUCUGAGCCGUCGAUGGUCACUCUAAAAAAUCCCAUUUUUCACACUUUGCAAACUGCGCUAUGUAAUAAAGUGACUGAUACUAAUGAUUUAUCCAUGUACCCCGCCAACCAACAGGCAUCGAUAUUCAAGAAUGAAAAUGGAAUGGUGACGAUACGCAGUCCUAGGUUACAAAAUAAUUUCGAGAACGGAUCUCCUAUAUCAAAUUUCCUAACGGACCUAAAACCUAUGUUCGGACCGGAAGUACCGUCAUCCUAUAUACCGAUGUGUCAGACCAAUUUUGAGAACAAGUCGUUUAACGCACAAGAGAUUUUAUCCGGUCUACCCGGUAUAGAAAUAACAAAGGUUGAUAAGAAUAGUACGAGAAAUGAAUCGGAACAUAAGAGAAGUUCGCAGCCCGCCGAAGUUUCUAUUAUUCCUACUAAUAGUGGUGCUAAUGGUACAGAUAAGUUUAAUUUCGAUAAGGACGACUGGCCUUUCGAGAGCGUUUUCACUCCGAGGGAUGUGCUUGAAGAGGAUAUGGAUGCAGAGGAGCGCGAGUUGGAGGCAUUCAAGCGCUUUUGCCAGCAAUCGGUACCUCCAAAACGAAAAGAAAAAGUUGCUCAUCUUAAUGUAAAGGACAUUGUUCUUAAAAAAAAGAAAGACCUUAAUUACGCUUAGAUUAAUAGUAUGAUUUUGCAUUCUUGGUACAAUGUAUUAACACAUUAAGCACUAUGCGUGAACGACUUUGUUUCCGACAGUUGCAAAUUGUAUGUGCAUGAAACAAUAUUGUGACCAAAAUGUGUUUUGUUUAUUGUUUGCUUUGUAUUUAAAAAAUGUAUUAAAUUAAAUUAAUUCACAAUG